AUGGGCACCGUGGGCAUUCCGGUCAAGCUGCUCCAUGAGGCCGUGGGCCACACGAUCACUAUUGAGCUGAAGGGUGGUGUCACGUACCGUGGCAGGCUCUUUGAUGCCGAAGACAACUUCAACAUUGCCAUGAAGGACAUUGCCGUGACGGGGCGCGACGGCAAGCAGACACAUCUCGACAGUGUCUAUGUGCGCGGAAAUAUGAUCCGCUUCAUGGUCAUUCCUGAUAUGCUCCAGCAGGCGCCCAUGCUCAAGAGCAUUGGGCCGAAUGCCAUGAAGGGCCGCGGCAUCGGCAGCGCACGUGGACGCGCGACGAUCCUGCGAGCACAAGCACGACGUGGACGCGCGCCUGGCCCUCCGGGUAUGCGUCGGUAA